AUGGAAGGAAAGAAGAUGAACGUUGAAAUCGUGGGAUGGAUAAUAAAAUAUUCAUUGGGUUCCUACAUGUUCAUCGCUCGUUAUGUAUUUUUCAAACAUCUUGCGAACGAGUGUCAAAACUUUAUAUCGAAUAUAAAGGCCAUUAGAAUGAGCUCACAUGAGAAAGUUAAAUCAGAACAAAAAUUACUCACAAUGAUCUCAUGA